GACCUGCGCGCCUUCUUGCGCACUUGGACCCUGCAGCCGCCUGAUGACCCGUGCCACUCCCUCUGGGCUGCUCCCUGCACCAAGCCAUCGUCCCCACCGAAGACCCCGGAGCCCUGUGCCAUCCUGACAGCUCUGAACGGGCCCUUUAGCCAUUGCCACCAUGUGCUGAGGCCUGCACCCUUCGAGAUCAGCUGCAGUGCUUGGAUCUGCCCCUUCUCCAACAACCGACCUACUCUUUGCUUGAUGCUCCAGGUCUACGCACAUGCGUGUCAGCGCCUAGGUGUCAGCAUCAACUCCUGGAGAUCCCAGACUGGCUGCCCUAUCGAGUGCCCCCAAAACAGCCAUUAUGAGUUAUGUGGCUCCUCCUGCCCAGAGACAUGCUUGGGGCCCUUGGGAGCAUCCUGCCCGCUGCCCUGCGGGGAGACGUGCACCUGCAAUCCUGGCUAUGUUCGCAGCGGCCAGCCUGUGUCCUCCGGCGCCCAGGGCCUGGUGGCUGGUGGCUGCGUGCACCAGGGACGUCUGCUGGCACCAGGCGAGGCUUUAUGGGAGGGUGUGGGCUGCACUCGCCGCCGCUGCCUCUGCCCAGCCUUAGGAGGGAGCGUGAUCUGCACUGAGACGGGGUGCAGGCCGCAUGAGCGCUGCGUUCUGUCACACAACCUGCGCACGUGUGUGCCCUCGAGCAUGGCCACAUGCGUGGGUGGCUGGCAGAGGCACUACAUCACCUUUGAUGGGCGCCGUUUUCAGCUUCCCUGGCUCUUGCGUGUACCUGCUGAGCGGCCUCAGUUCUUCAGCGCCACAGGAGCUCGCUGACUUCCGUGUGCUCCUGGGCACCAGUCCUGAUGGCGUCCCGAAUAGCCUUGAAGUACACGUGUCUGGAUUCCAUCUGAGGCUGGACCCCAAGGAACCCGGUCGUGUCCUGGUGAAUGGUGACUGGCAGAAUCUACCAUUCCAGGCUCUGAGCAACAAUACACUCAUCUUUCGCCAUGGCUGGGACACUGUGGUCAGCUGUCCCUUUGGCCUGCGGUGGACCUAUGCCCCUGGGAUCCGCGUAGUACUGGAUCUUCCAGCAAGCAUAUAAGGGCCAUGUGGUGGGGCUGUGCGCUGACUGUAAUGGGGACCCCAUGAAUGACCUCCAGGUGCCUGGAAUCGUGCUGGGCACCAAGCUGCCUGAGGAUGCAAUGGCCUGGGCCUUUGGCCAUAGAUAUUUGGUGGGUUCCUCGACUGGGUGCCUGGAUGCUGCUGACAAGAUGCCGCCACUGCCACCAUCUUGUGUCACUCUGCCAACCACCAGCAGCCCAACCCACUUUGCCCACCCUUGUGACAUCCUUUUGGACCCUCUGGGGCCCUUCCAGCUGUGCCAUGAGAUGCUGGCACCAAGCCCCUAUGUCCAAGAUUGCAUGGUGGAUGUAUGCCUGGGCACGGACCCUGCCCCAUGCUCAGCCUCUACUGUGAAACUUGCCAGCUGCUGGGUGGCCAAGUCUUCCAAUGGCGGAUUCA